AUGGCUGGAAAAAGAAACAAGGGCAAAACUACAAAAAGGGCUGGUGUAGAAGGUAAAACAAAGAGGGAAGCUCUUGGCAGGAAAGCUACUGACAUAGGCAAACCUGUAGCCAAGACCCAGGCCAAAGCAAUGGCCAAGACAGAGGUGAAGGCAAAUGCAGUGGCAGAGGUGAAGGCAGUGUCUAAGAAGAAGAUUGUUAUUGAGAAGAAAGAGAGAGCCCCAGCAAAUUUCAGUCCCAAAGUGGAAAAUGAGGCCACUCAAGUGUCUCGGUGUCGUUCUGUGGCUAAGGUCAGUGCUAAGACCAAGUCCAUGUGUAAAGAUAAGGCUGGUAUUGAUACCUGUGCGGGGGAAGAGACCAAUGUUGGUUCUAGGUUCUGGAAUAGAGAAGAGACUAAUAAUAGUUCCAGUGCCAAGGAUGAAGAUAAAGCUGAUACUGGUCCCCCAUCCUGUGCUGAGAAGUUGAAGCCUGUGGCCAGCGCUAGCUAUAAAGCUACGCCAGGGGCUGAAGAGGAGGAGGAAGAUAAUGUUAUUGGGAACUGGUUUUGGGAUGGAGAUGAAACUAGUUUUGACCCUGAUCCUAAACCUGUGAGCAGAAUAGUUAGGCCCCUGCUUGUGGAUGAAAUCAAUGAAAAAGAUAGGCCCAAGGACUGGUCUGAGGUAACGAUCUGGCCCAAUGCCCCUGCCGUAACUCCAGCAGUGUUAGGAUAUAGAUCUCAAAGCACAUCUGAGACAAAGUCGCAAUAUAUUGUCCUGGGCUCACCUGAGGAAAAAGCUCCUGUUUUGCCUGAGGACCCAGAGGGUUCUAAGAGCAUAGUCUCAUGCUCAGAGCCUCUCCCGGAGCACCCAUUUGGUACUGACCCUUGCAUUCAGACUAUAGAAGAGAUUAGACGCCAAAUCAAGAUCAGGGAGAUGAAUGGGAUUAAGCCAUUUGCUUGUCCUUGCAAAAUGGAAUGUUACAUGAAUUCUGAGGAAUUUGAACAACUGGUUGUCUUACUUGAGUCAACUACUGAUCCUCUCAUUCAUAAAGUAGCUCAAAUUGCAAUGGGGGUCGUUAAGGUUCAUCCAUUUGCCCAAGAUUUCAUUAAUGAGGUGGGUAUAGUGACACUCGUUGAAAGCUUGCUUACUUUUCCUCCCUCUGAUACGAGAAAAAAUGCUGAAAUUACUGUGAAUAACCCUACUGGGGAUGAAAGACUCCGCAGGGUUGAAUUACAUGUUAAACAUAUGUGUAAGGAAACCAUGUGUUUUCCCUUGAAUUCACCUGGACAGCAAUCUGGCUUAAAAAUACUGGGGCAGCUGACUACUGAUAUGAACCGUCACCAUAUUGUUGCCUGUUAUCUUUCAGAUCUUUUUUAUUUGAUUUCCCAGGGAAAUCGUAAAACCAGAAAUCUUGCUUUGAAAGUACUUUUGAAUAUGUCUGAAAACCCAGUUGCAGCCAGAGACAUGAUCGAUAUAAAGGCAUUGGCAGCGUUAAAACUACUCUUUCACCAGAAAGAAGCAAAAGCCAAUCUCGUUAGUACUGUGGCCAUAUUUAUUAACAUAAAGGAGCAUAUCAGAAAGGGAACAAUUGUAGUUGUCGAUCACUCUAAUUACAAUACACUCAUGGACAUUUUUCGUGAAGUUAAAGCGAUUAUUCAAAAGCUGUAA